AUGGACGCCGAGGAAGCCCACUCCGACAAUCUGAAUCGACCCAGGUCGAGACCCAAUUCCGCCGCGGAUGCUGCUCCGGCCGGCGGUGGUGCAAGGUACAAGCUCAUGUCUCCGGCGAAGCUCCCGAUCUCGCGCUCGCAGUGCGUGACGAUUCCGCCGGGGCUCAGUCCCACGUCAUUUCUUGAGUCGCCAGUGCUGCUCUCCAACAUGAAGGUGGAACCUUCACCGACGACAGGGUCCCUUUCUAUGCUUCAUCAAACAGCUCAUGGUUCUUUGACUUCUGCUGUAUCUGCUUCAUUUCCUGUAACCACUGUAUGCUUCAAUACCACCACUGUUGAUGACCGAAAACCCAGCUUCUUUGAGUUUAAACCACAUUGUAGAUCAAAUAUGGUUCCUGCAGACCCUGACAACCAUGUAAGUGAAAAAUCUACUCAAAUAGAUGGUCAAGGAAAAGCUCAACCUUUUGAUUCAUCACCAUUAGUAAAAAAUGAGAUAGCAGUCCCUUCUAAUGAAUUAAGUCUAUCAUCACCUGUUCAAAUGGUUAACUCGGGAGCUAAUGCCCGGGUUGAAGGUGAUUUGGAUGAACUGAACCCUAGAAGCAACAUAUCGACUGGGCUUCAAGCAUCACAAGUUGACAAUAGAGGUAGUGGACUUGUUGCAGCUGAGAGAGUAUCUGAUGAUGGAUACAACUGGAGAAAGUAUGGGCAAAAACAUGUUAAAGGAAGUGAAUUUCCACGCAGUUAUUACAAAUGUACACAUCCUAACUGUGAAGUUAAGAAACUAUUUGAACGCUCUCAUGAGGGGCAAAUCACUGAGAUAAUUUACAAGGGAACACAUGAUCAUCCAAAACCUCAACCAAACCGCCGUUACUCAACUGGAACGAUCAUUACUAUGCAAGAAGAGAGAUCUGAUAAAGCUUCUUUGACUAGCCGAGAUGACAGAGGAUCCAAUAUAUGUGGCCAGAUGUCUCACCCAGCCGAGCCUGACAGUACUCCUGAGCUAUCACCUGUAGCAACAACUGAUGGUGAUCCAGAGGGUACAGGAUUUUUGUCAAACCGGAACAGUGAUGAGGUUGAUGACGAUGAUCCCUUCUCAAAGCGAAGAAAAAUGGAGCUUGCAAAUGCUGACAUUACUCCUGUAGUUAAGCCUAUCAGGGAGCCUCGGGUUGUUGUACAAACGCUGAGUGAGGUUGAUAUAUUGGAUGAUGGUUACCGCUGGCGCAAGUAUGGGCAGAAGGUGGUGAGAGGCAAUCCUAACCCUAGGAGUUAUUACAAAUGCACAAACACGGGUUGCCCCGUUAGAAAACAUGUGGAGAGGGCAUCUCAUGAUCCGAAAGCUGUGAUAACCACAUAUGAGGGGAAACACAAUCAUGAUGUACCAACUGCAAGGAAUAAUAGUUGCCAUGACAUUGCAGGACCAGCAAGUGCUGCUGGUGGACAGACAAGAAUUAGGCCGGAAGAAAGUGAUACCAUCAGCCUUGACCUUGGUAUGGGAAUUAGCCCUUCCGCGGAAAACACACCAAACAGUCAAGGGAGAAUGAUGAUUUCCGAAUUUGGGGACAGCCAAGCUCACACCAGCAAUCCCAAUUUCAAGUUUGUCCAUACUUCGACGGCGCCGGUGUACUUUCUAAAUAACAACUCUAACUCAUAUGGCUCUAGAGAAAAUCCAAGUGAUAGUACAUCUUUAAACCAUUCUGCUUAUCCCUGCCCUCAGAACAUGGGAAGAAUACUAAUGGGUCCAUAA